UUGGACGGGAGAGAGGAUGAAAUCCACCGAGUUGAUCAUGAUUUGCUUGAUUGAAUCAUCGUCCUUUUUCGGAAAAGCAUACAUGAAGAGAUCCCAGUUGGGGUGAACAUUUGCUACAAAACAUGGGCAUUCUUGGCGUUUUUGCUGCGCGAACCGGUUUGAGGGAGAGUAGAUGCACAGGUGCACCAUUUGAAUCCAGCGGUGAGCCGGGGAGAUGGCAUUUGUGGCUUUAAAGACUGUGUUUGUUUUGUCAUGCUCCUGUGACUGAUUCUAGUCAAAUGCCGCGAAAGAAAGGAAAAACUACAGGUUACUUUCAAUGUCAUUCUUGAGGCAGGGUAUUUCUUCCCAUUGGUUCAUGAUGCGGGGCAUCUUCAUUUGCUUCGAAGCCAUUUGAAGCGCAUUCACCUCCGCCUCGGAUGCCAUGGAAGACGUGAGUCCGGACACCGCGCUGAUCGACCUGGAACAACUGGGAACGACGAGUGCUGUGGGGUCCGCGGGGCGUCCGAUCCCUUGGAAGAAGCUGUCGGUGGCUGCGGUGGUGAUUGGGACUGUGGCGUACUUGUCAUGGCCCAAAUCAUCGACUACAAGCGCAGUGAAGAGGAGCGUCCAAUUGUCCUCGUGGGAAGAUACACUUGAGGAGUGUACCAACUUGUUCCAGAUGGCUUUGGAUGCUGAUGAAGACUCUGUCCAAGUCGGGGUUUUCGACUAUGAUGAUCAGACCUUGGCGCAAGAGAAGAUCCGCACAGCUGAGCAAGCAGCGAAAGCCAUGCAUGAUCCAGAAACCAACUUUGUCCAGAUCGGCACAUGUGGUAUGCAGGAGCGUUCGGUGGUUUGGCUGUACCCGGACAAGAGUGGCGACCACGACGGUGAUGAUCACGCUGCUUUCCUGGUGGCAGAUGGAGAAUGCAAGCGUAUUGAAGCCCAAGUGAAUGACAAAAAGUCCGAAGCCGCCUGCAUCGCGGUCUAUCGCAUCCCGGACCCCGCGGCGGGCAUCGCGGUGCUGAACCACUUCCAUGGCAUCGGCACCAUCAGCCAUGCCGUGGUGGGGGGACAUGGAUCGGAUUCCGCCCAGAAGAAUGGUGAGCUGCAAAUGAGCAGUGACAUUGACCUGUCGGGCAAAGAUCCGGUUGCCCUCACCUUGGUGGACACCUUGGCCACGAAACUGACACCCCAUGGCACCAUCUUCCUGGAGUCUUUGGCUGUGUCAUCGUGCAUGCCAUUUUCUCCGGAUCCGACCGGAAACGCACCAGCACCGCACGGAACUUCGGUCAUGGGUGGCGUGGUCUCGUUGCAAUCCUUCAUCCAGGUGCACGACACGCCCUUCGAUGGCACCGAAGCCUCGGGCCCCACGCAGGUGACCUCGGAGUUGGCCUUUGACCAGGUGGUGAAUCCUUCGGAAGGCAUCGAUGCAGAAGGGGACCCCACCUUCGUCAAGGGCAUGGCCUUCGAGAACGGCGGCAAGGUCGAGGAGAUCGAUCAGCUGAAGGGCGAGCGCGUCGUGGCCUGGUUCGGUGGCCAAAACCGCGGCAGCGUCACGCAAUGGCUCUACCCCUCCGGCGACGAGGAGGUGCUGAAGGUGAAUUGCAAAGUGGAGGUCCAGGAGCCGUUCUACGCGUUUCGCAUGGGCCCCGCUGAGACGGAGCAAACAGACGAAGAUGCUGAGGAUGGCGAUGGUGAGGGCUUGGGUGUCUUCGAGCAGUUGCUACCACGGGGCUUAGAGGGAUGGGUGGUGUUCAUCUAUGACGUGGGCAAUGCGCCAACCUCGGGGAAUGCGUUGAUCAACUACGACUUGCCCAAGGAAUUCAAGGAGCAGGGAGUGACGGGUGGCACGGGACAGACCUUGGGUCCCUUGUUGACGCUGACCAAAGACUUCAGCAAACUGAGUGUGACCUGCCCUGAGUGAUUCGAAUCAUCCGGAUGUAUAUCAUCUAAAUCUGAAGGCCACAAAGCAUGGCCAGACUUUUGCCACAAAGGAUGGCAAUUCAAAAUAGUUAGAUGAGGGUUCUUUCGAUGGCUAUGGCUCAAG